GGCCGACUUGAACCGAGGCUUUUAUUGCUGUAGUUUAUUUCCACCCCCUUCCCUCCUGUUCUCUCCCUCUCUCUCUCUCUCUUUCUUUUUUUUUUCCGCCCUAGCUGGGGCUGUGUUGGAGGAGAGGAAGAAAGAGAGACAGAGGAUUGCAUUUAUCCCUUCCGUUCCUGAAAUUUGCUACCAGCAAGGCCAGCUAAGCGGUUGCAUCUUUUUCAAUCCUGCAAAAAACACCGAGUCCCCUUCCUGACAAUUUUUGCUUUAAAUCUGAUCUCCUGAAAUUAAUUUUCUCCCGAGAGAGAUGUCUUAUCAGGGGAAGAAAAAUAUUCCACGCAUCACGAGUGAUCGUCUUCUGAUCAAAGGAGGUAAAAUUGUUAAUGAUGACCAGUCGUUCUAUGCGGACAUAUACAUGGAAGAUGGGCUGAUCAAGCAAAUAGGAGAAAACCUGAUUGUGCCAGGAGGGGUGAAAACCAUCGAAGCCCAUUCCAGAAUGGUGAUCCCUGGAGGAAUCGAUGUGCACACCCGUUUCCAGAUGCCUGACCAGGGGAUGACAUCCGCUGAUGACUUCUUCCAAGGAACCAAGGCAGCCCUGGCUGGGGGAACCACCAUGAUCAUUGACCAUGUUGUUCCUGAGCCUGGGACAAGCCUGCUGGCCGCCUUUGACCAGUGGAGGGAAUGGGCUGACAGCAAGUCCUGCUGUGACUACUCUCUGCACGUGGACAUCACCGAGUGGCAUAAGGGCAUCCAGGAGGAGAUGGAAGCUCUGGUGAAGGACCACGGGGUAAAUUCCUUCCUCGUGUACAUGGCUUUCAAAGAUCGCUUCCAGCUAACGGAUUCCCAGAUAUAUGAAGUACUGAGUGUCAUCCGAGAUAUUGGUGCCAUAGCCCAAGUCCAUGCGGAAAAUGGGGACAUCAUUGCAGAGGAGCAGCAGAGGAUUCUGGACCUGGGCAUCACUGGCCCCGAGGGACACGUGCUGAGCCGGCCUGAGGAGGUCGAGGCUGAAGCCGUGAAUCGUUCGAUCACCAUCGCCAACCAGACCAACUGCCCCCUGUAUGUCACCAAGGUCAUGAGCAAGAGUGCGGCUGAAGUCAUCGCGCAGGCCAGGAAAAAGGGAACUGUGGUGUACGGCGAGCCCAUCACCGCCAGCUUGGGGACCGAUGGCUCUCACUACUGGAGCAAGAACUGGGCCAAGGCUGCUGCCUUUGUCACCUCCCCACCCUUGAGCCCUGAUCCAACCACUCCAGACUUUCUCAACUCCUUGCUGUCCUGUGGAGACCUCCAGGUCACUGGCAGUGCCCACUGUACCUUCAACACUGCCCAGAAGGCUGUAGGAAAAGACAAUUUCACCCUGAUUCCCGAGGGCACUAACGGCACGGAGGAGCGAAUGUCUGUCAUCUGGGAUAAGGCCGUGGUCACUGGCAAAAUGGACGAGAACCAGUUUGUGGCUGUGACCAGCACCAAUGCGGCCAAAGUCUUCAACCUUUACCCCCGGAAAGGCCGUAUUGCUGUGGGAUCCGACGCUGACCUGGUCAUCUGGGAUCCCGACAGUGUCAAGACCAUCUCUGCCAAGACGCACAACAGUGCUCUUGAGUACAACAUCUUCGAAGGCAUGGAGUGCCGUGGCUCCCCACUGGUGGUUAUCAGCCAGGGGAAGAUCGUCCUGGAGGAUGGCACCCUUCAUGUCACCGAGGGCUCUGGGCGCUACGUCCCCCGGAAGCCCUUCCCUGACUUUGUUUACAAGCGUAUCAAGGCAAGGAGCAGGCUGGCGGAGCUGAGAGGGGUUCCCCGUGGCCUUUAUGAUGGACCGGUGUGUGAGGUAUCUGUGACGCCCAAGACGGUCACUCCCGCCUCCUCUGCUAAGACGUCUCCUGCCAAGCAGCAGGCCCCACCUGUUCGGAACCUGCACCAGUCUGGGUUCAGCUUGUCUGGCGCUCAGAUUGACGACAACAUUCCCCGUCGCACCACCCAGCGCAUCGUGGCUCCCCCUGGUGGCCGUGCCAACAUCACCAGCCUGGGCUAGAGCUCCUGGGCCACGCAGUCCACUUGGGGUGGGGGAUGGGACACUUGAGGACAUUCUGAGACUUCCUUCCUUCCUUCCUUUUUUUUUUUUUUUUUUUUUAAGAGCCUGUGAUAGUUACUGUGGGGCAGCCAGUUCUUGGGGCCCCUUGUUGGGCCCCACACUUCUCCACCUCUCACCUGGAGUUACUGAUUCUGCUCACCCACAUCCCUACACUUGUACUGAUAACACACCCACGUUUGUUCACCGUCCCCAUCCACGGAACUGCAUCCAACACUCAGACAUGCGAAACAAAGCAAAUCACGAGGGUGUUCUUCAUCACGAACUCUCCUGUAUGACUAGCAUCUUCCUUUUCACUGGGGGAAGAUAGAGUGAAUUGCCCAGAGCUGCCUUUAUCUUUUCUUUUAAAAUUUUCCAAAAUGUUUUCUUUGUGGGGUUGGGGAGGGAUUGGGGGUGGGGGAGAGGUGGUUUUUUGUUUUUGUUUUUGUUUUUUUUAAAUACUAAAUUGGAAAGUCUAACUUAAUAUUAAUAUAAGGGGUUUGAACUGGACAUCCUAAUGAUGCAAUUACGUAACCAUCAAGUUGAUUCGGGUGGUUGGCAAACUCAUCGCGUCUGUCCUGGGAGGCUCCACAUCCCAUUCCAUAGUCUUCUGAGUCAAUUGUGGAUCAAGGGCAGGUUUUCUUUUGUGGCCUAGAUUUUGCUGCCGAUGAAAUCGUUUGAGGAUUCUCUUUUCCUCUCUUUACUAUUUUCUGCAUGUUCUUUCACUCUCUCUUUCUCUCUUCUCCCACCCCCAACUCUUUCAUUCACAAAUACUUCCAAGUAUGUGUUUCUUGGUGUUUCCUCUAGUCCUGAUACCUGAGAUCUCCUUUUUCUCUCCUUCCUCCACUAGCUUCUGAAAUCUCCAGGUCUACCAUUACACUGUGGUCUUAGAACCUGCCUAGAAGGAUUGGAACGUCUCCAUCACUGUCAUAGUAAUACGUCACCCUAGUCCAUGUAAGACUGGUGCUAUCCACCUGCCAUUACGAGAAUAUACGUUUGAGUGUAGACACGUGCCAGGUGCAGGGACAGGAUGUGUUACCUCACCCACACGAUCACAACAUGGGCUCAGAGUGGAACCACAAACAGCGCCAAGGUGUCAAAAAACCUGAGGCUGCAGAACGUGAGGGUUUUAUUUAUUAAAUUUUUUUUUCUGUGCAGUGAAAGCUAAUUGGCUAAAGACUCAUUCAGCCCUGUAAAUCAAGCCCCAGUAACCGAAGCCAACCAACCCCAAUCUUCAGCUCAAAAGUGCUAAGUUGUGGGAGUGUGGCCCUAACAGCCUGCUGUUUUCAGGUUAAGUAUCUUUUGAGAUUCCAGAAUACACUGGGGCUUCUUUCUUUGCAGGGGGAAGGAAUAAAUAAAACACCCACCUAUUUUUUUUUUUUCUCAUCUGAUUAUUUUAAAAGAUGUCAUGCAAUAUAGGGAGGCCUUAUAAACUCAGAACAUCCUUCAGAAAUUUGACUUAAAGUCCAUUUUACUUGGAAGAGAAAAAAAAUACCUGUUUUCAGAACAACACGUCACAUAGAGCUAUUAUGGGGGGACUUUACAAGUUAAAUGUGUGACCCCCUUAGAGACCACAGUGAUCCCACAUCUGCAUUCCACUUCUCAUGUCUCAGUGACCCUCUCCCACUAGCUGGCUCUUCUGUGCCCGUCUCUGUCCCAGCUCAACUAGUGUUGCAUUUCUUCCCCGAUGUGUUGACAGUUUCUCUUAAGCAAUGUCGUGCUUGCAGGCUUUUAUAAAACCAAAUCUGCUUGUGUGAGGCAUAACAUCCCAAAGUAGGUCAUUACAUCCUCACAUUCUUCUUUCCACAUGUUUUGCCUUUGUGGUUCUGGUUGGGGUUUUGGUUUUAUUGUUGUUGUUUAUUUGUUAUUUUAAAGGUAAAUUGCACUUUUAAAAAAAAUAAUUGGUGGACUUUAAUAUAUUUGCUUUUUCUUCUCAUCUGCACUUAGAGGAAAUUUGAACAAGUUGGAAAACAAAAAUUUUUUGUUUCAAUUCUAAGAAACACUUGCAGCUCUUUCGUAUUCACUUGAGUCUUCCUGUUUUUCCCUGUAUCAGGUCAUGGUAAUUUGGGUUGUUUUUUGAUUGUUUUUCUUACAAAACAGUUUGAAACCUGAAGAUUUCUGCAGGCUGUGUAAGCAUGUUUACCCGUUGGCUUGCUUUGUGUGUCUGUUAAAUGAAUGUCAUAUGUAAAUUCUAAAAUAAAUUGACAGUGUCUCAGAA